UUGGUUAAAGAAAGCCGUUAGUCCCACCUCCAAGCUGUGAUUGGUUAACAGAACUGUCCGUCACCUGACCUCCCUGUUGCUGUGAUGGUGCCUGGAGUCCUCGCGCAUCACAUUCAGGCCAAUGACACGCACCGAGUUACAACAAACUGAAUGAUCCCGCAACGAAUACGCACAAUAAUUCAACGAGGCAACGCUUAAGAAAGGUAAACGAGAAUCCUUUAGUUUAGUCCCUACUGUUUAAAUUGGAGAUGUAAGGGCCACUAAAAAAGGCACGGAUUAGGAUCUCUGUACACGCUAAUCCCAGAAAGACGACUGUAGAGUGAGUCAGAAGCACCAAAGAUACACACCGAGGUGAACAAAUGAGAGGGAGUGGCUGUUUUCCAUGUGGGACCCCAUUUCUGAAUGAGCCACCAGGCAAAGAUGUUAAAUGAGAGGAAGCACCGUACAAGAAGCCAGGGCCACUGAGAGUAACGUGGAGCCUUGUUAUAGCAGCCAGGCAACAAUCACAGCACUCAUCGUUCUCAACGCUGAUCCGCGGUCUAUUUUUAUCACUGAGACAACGCACCAAUUAAUUCGGGCAUAUCUGAUGAUGUUCAGGGAGAUGCAGCACUGAGGGGAAGGAACAGCACUGUGAAGCAGACGACCCUAAACAUCUACUCCUUUAUACUUUGAUAUGUGUAUAAGCUUGGGUUGAGAUGUGGCGAUAAUGAGCUAAUUUUGGAAAUUGACGCAGACGUACAGGACAACAUGUGAAGGUGGUGCCUUAGUUCCAGGUCUCCUGCCAUGAGCUAAGCCCCCCAGUGGCCUGUGGCAGGAUGACUGCUGUGUGCCCGGCUGGGGGGGGCUCCGUCGGGGUCUCAGAAGUGGCCACGGGUCCCCAGCGUUAUGCCCGAUGGAGCCGACAAGACAGCUCCGACAUCUGUACGGAUGACGAGGGGACCCAGCCGCGCCGCCUCACCCCACUGGAGAAGCUCAAUCUGGACAUGUGCCAAGAUGAGAAGAUGGUGAGAGAGCUCACCGUGGGCCGCCGCAUCGGCUUCUACAAGAUACGUGGCGAGAUCGGCUGUGGAAACUUUUCCCAUGUCAAGCUGGGCAUCCACGCUCUGACGAAAGAAAUGCUUUUGGCUUCUUUCCUGACCCAAAGGCUGCUGUCCCGGGAGAUAUCAAGCAUGGAAAAGCUGCACCAUCCAAAUAUCAUCCGUCUGUAUGAGGUGGUGGAGACGCUGACCCGUCUGCACCUGGUCAUGGAGUACGCAAGUGGAGGAGAGCUCUACACGAAGAUCAGCACAGAGGGGAAGCUCUCCGACAUCGACAGCAAGAUUGUCUUCUCUCAGGUUCUCUCAGCUGUGAAGCAUAUGAAGACUGCUACAUUUGAUGUAAAACAAUGCAUCACCGCAGACCACAUUCGCAACAACCAAGGCAAAGACUGCAGGAGCUCCAUCACUGGAGUCUAUCGAAUCCUCUUACACCGCGCACAUAAACGACAAGCGGUUGAGAGCAUGCCAGUAGUUACUCAGAUAGUGAAUGGAACUGAUGCUAAAAAGGACCGUCUGAAGACAUACAGGAGCCUUAGGCAUACGUCUAAACUCUGCAUCAUUCUGUGAUGCUCAGAAAACAUAUAAAUAAUAAUGGACAGCUCACAGGAGCUAUAGUUCAGCUAGUUAUAUUUGAUAUACCUCUUUUGUUAUCUUUUUUCAAUUGAAAAUGAGAUCAGUGAAUGCCUCUAAUAAAGUAGUCUAUAUGAAUGAAUGGAAAGUAUGAACGUUUGCAAGUGAGUGAGUGCAAGACAUUUGUAAU